UCUACCCGCCAUUUGUACACCUUUCUGCUACUGGUUCAAAUCAGAGGUAACAUGCUCAACUGCAAUUCAAAUUUUUGCAGCCAAAAUCAACCACCCGUAACUCCAAAUUAAUGGAAACUGUUAAUUCUUUCCUUCUUUCACAAUCGCUCCGUCAUUUCUCGGUCCUUCGCUUCCACUCUGCAGCGGCGGCUGCACUUGAAUACCAGCACCACCCUCCGUCCAACCCAAACUCCACAGCACCUAAUGCCCAUCAAGAAAAGACAAUCAUUUCCCUAACAAAAUCUUGCACCCACAAAACCCAAUUGCUUCAACUCCAAACGCAUCUACUGCGCAAUUUUCACUUUUAUAAUCCCACCGUUUUUCUCUCCUUUCUCUCCCGUAUUGCGUUCCCUCCGUUACAUGAUUUAUCCUAUUCUUAUAAGAUCUUUUGCCAGUUCCCAGCGCCUAAUGUUUUGUUAUACAACACCAUGAUCAGAGCUCAUUCGUUAAGAAAUGACGUGGCUAAGAAUGGGGUUUUGUUAUAUCAAGAAAUGCUUCAUUCGGGCAUUUCACCAAACGCCUUGACGUCGAUGUAUGCAACGAAGUGUUGCAUAAAGUUUGGAUCUUUGUUCAGUGGGACACAGAUUCACGCUAGGAUUUUGAAAGAUGGGCAUCAAUCUGAUAGCCUUUUGCUAACAACAUUGAUGGAUUUUUAUUCGUCUAUGGAGAAAGGUAGUGAAGCUCAUAAAGUAUUUGAUGAAAUAUCUCAUAGAGAUACUGUUGCUUGGAAUGUGUUAAUUUCUUGCUUCAUGCGCAACAGGCGAACUCGAGAUAUAUUGGGUUUGUUUGAUGCAAUGAGAAAUUCAAAUAAGUGUCAACCUGACGAAGUCACUUGUCUCUUUGUACUUCAGGCUUGCGCUAGCUUGAAUGCAUUGGAAUUUGGUGAACGGGUUCAUAAGUACAUUGAAGAACAUGAUUUUCACAAUAUGAGGAAUGUUUGCAAUUCUCUCAUAGUAAUGUAUUCACGCUGCGGAUGUGUGGAAAAAGCUUAUGAUGUGUUUAAAGGGAUGGUUAACAGAGAUGUUGUGACAUGGAGUGCAAUGAUUUCGGGUUUAGCUUCUAAUGGUUAUGGUAGAGAUGCAAUUGAGGCUUUCAAAGAGAUGCAAAGAGCAGGCAUUGUGCCCGAUGACCAGACUUUUACUGGGGUUUUAUCGGCUUGUAGUCACUCGGGGCUAGUCAAUGAGGGUGGGAUGUUCUUCAAGGCUAUGAAGAGAGACUUCGGAGUUGUGCCUAACAUUCACCAUUAUGGAUGUAUGGUAGAUAUCUUAGGCCGUGCCGGUCUGGUGGAUGAGGCUUAUGACCUAGUAAUUUCCAUGCCAAUUAAACCAGAUGCGGCCAUGUGGAGGACAUUGCUUGGAGCAUGUAGAAUUCAUCGACAUGUAAUCCUUGGCGAAAGAGUUAUUGAGCAUUUGAUUGAACUCAAGGCUCAAGAAGCAGGGGACUAUGUUCUCUUGCUGAAUAUAUAUUCUUCAGUGGGAAACUGGGAGAAGGUUAUAGAAGUGAGGAAAUUGAUGAAGGACAAAGGAAUUCAAACGACACCUGCUUCUAGUACAAUCGAGUUGAAAGGGCGAGUGCACGAGUUUGUUGCAGACGAUGUUUUUCAUCCACGCAAGAAAGAAAUUUAUGAUAAGCUGGAUGAAAUUAAUCAACAACUAAGAAUUGCUGGUUAUGUUGUUGAAAUAACUUCAGAAUUGCAUAAUGUGGAAGAAAAUAGUAAGCAAUAUGCACUAUCUUAUCACAGCGAGAAAUUGGCAAUUGCUUUUGGAGUUCUUGCUACCCCACCUGGCACAACAAUAAGAGUUGCAAAAGAUCUCCGAAUUUGUGUAGACUGCCAUAAUUUUGCCAAAAUUCUGUCGGCUGUUUAUAAUCGGAAAGUAGUCAUCAGAGAUCGUAAUCGUUUUCAUCAUUUCCAAGAAGGAUUCUGCUCGUGCAAUGAUUAUUGGUGAUGAUAUAAUUUGACAAAUCUCAUGCUGUAACAAGGUAACAGGAAGAUAUAGCUGGGGAUGUUCGUCCUCACUUAGAUGACACCACUUUCUUGUGCAGAUGGCUUUCACCUACCCUACCUGAGGAAGUAUGUAGCAAAAUCCACUAAAGGCUUCAUUUUAAGGAAGGCAGUUUAGGCUAAAGUUACUAUGACCAAAUGCUCUUGAUUUUAGGAUGAUUAAAUGAGAUGGACUUGCUAUGAAAGGAAAUAACGUCAAGGUGAGGUCUGUCUGUUGCAGCUAGUAGAAGUUCAUCAAGUUACAUAGUCUCUGAUGCUUAGAGGAUACCAUUCAAACCUCACUAAGAUUCCUAGUAAUUGUCGUGAGAACUGUAUAAGCCAUCUAAAGCAGCUAAUCUGUAACACAUUUGCCUCAUGUUACAUCGAAGUUGGAUAAUUGGAUUCAAUUAUAGAACAAAAUGAAUUGAAAAUUUA